AUGCUGGUAACCUAUUUGGAAGCCAGCCGGGACCUUUGCGAGACGGACUCAAUUCUCUUUGGCGCCGCACUGGCAGUCUGCCGUAUUAUUGGCGCCAAAAUUUCCACGGCUGGACGCACUACUGAACAAAGUAGUGCUAUCCCAGCCUGGAGAAUAAGAAUUGAAGAACGUAUCGCAAAGGCCAGGGCCCUCAUCGGCAGACUGAUAUGCUUCAGGUCAGGCAAUACCAGGCCAAGGAUUGAGCGCACCGUCAGGAUGGCGUUUGCUGGGACAAAUGUUAGUUUGCCGGAUAUAAUGCAAAAAUUGACGGAGCGCAUAGACGACCUGAAGCAGAGAAUCGCUGCUUGA